UUUCCCUCUUUCUUUGUACCAGGUUCCAUGUCAGUAUCACUCACCUGUGCUAAGAAAAUAAAAUAUUUAAGCCCAAUUUCUCUCUCUCUCUCUCUCUCUCUCUCUCCUCGAAAUUUUGUUUCCAGUUGCAUCGUUUUUCUUGCUGUUUCCGAGCUUUGGACCAAAAGCUUUGACCUUUGUCGAAAUUGCUGCUGUUUACGAGGAUCAAAGUGUGUUCUUCCUCUAAAGAUUUUCUCCUCGAACUUGUUUCUCCAGAGAAAUGCCGUCAAAGAGUAAAGUGAAAUGAAAGAAAGGCGAUUCCUUUUUGGAGUUAAAUCACUCGCGAGCUUCGCUGGUAUGUUCUCGAAAGCACAUUUGGAGAUUAAUUAGCUGUAAUCUCUUGCCCUUUGAACACUUUUCUGCUAGUGACGAGCCACAAAAUAAAAGGGCAAAAGAGAGCACUUAGGGUGUGUUUCUCCAAACUUUUUUCCAAGAGAAAACUCUUUUUUUUUUUUCUGAAAAGCUUAGCCCUUUGGUUGAAUCGUUUGUAUAUUUCAGAUUCUAAGUGAUCGAGCCUAAGGAAAGAAGGAAAAGGGAAGAAUUUGAUUGUGGGAAGAAAUGGGUUGUGCUGCUUCAAGCAUUGAUAAUGAAGAAAAGGUUUUAGUGUGUAGGCAGAGAAAGAGGCUAAUGAAAAAGUUGUUAGUCUUCAGGGGAGAAUUUGCAGAUGCACAGUUGGCUUAUCUUAGAGCUUUAAGGAACACUGGAGUCACUCUUAGGCAAUUCACAGAGUCCGAGUCCUUGGAGCUUGAAAACACUAGUUAUGGAUUAAGUUUGCCUUUGCCUCCAUCCCCGCCUCCUACAUUGCCUCCUUCACCUCCACCUCCUCCACCACCUCCUCCAUUUAGCCCGGAUUUGAGAAAACCCGAGACUGGCCAUAGGAAUAAAUUGGUUGACGAGGAGGAAGAAGGUGCUGCUGGAGAGAUUGAUGGUAAUGAUGGUGGAAGUGGUGCAACUUCUAGGCCUCCAUUGCCGAAUUCUUGGAACUUUUGGAACCCUUUUGAUUCACUUGAGCUGCAUAGUCAUCCAAAUGGUGAUAAUGCAGUUACACAGAUUGACCUGAAGAAGGAACAUAAAAUUCAGCAAGCUGAAGAGGAAAAUUGGGCGGAGACGAAGUCUGAGUUUGAGGAAGAAGAUGAGCAACAAGAAUCAGGAGGAGGUAAUUCCCUUGAUUUGAGUGUUCAGCAAACAGAAGCUGUUAAGAAGCCACGGCGUCUGAAAUUUAAGCUGGGAGAAGUUAAGGACGACAACUCAUCGAUGACAAGCUGGUCCGGUAAAGAUCUGGAGAACACUAGUGUUACUGAUUGUAGGAUCAGGAGGACCUUAGAAGGGAUCAUCAAAGACUUGGAUGAUUACUUUCUAAAAGCAUCGGGUUGCGAGAAGGAAAUAGCUGUGAUAGUAGACAUCAACAGUAGGGAUACCAUUGAUCCUUUCAGGUACCAGGAAACAAGAAGGAAGAGAAGCGGCUCCGCAAAGGUAUUCACUGCAUUGUCAUGGAGCUGGUCCUCAAAGUCUCUUCAUUUGGGAAAAGAUGGUACAACAAGCGGCGCUGUUGAACCCUGUAGGCCUGGAGCUCACUGUAGCACACUUGAGAAGCUAUACACAGCUGAGAAGAAACUUUACCAGCUAGUCAGGAACAAAGAAAUUGCCAAAGUGGAGCAUGAGAGGAAGUCUGCAUUACUGCAAAAGCAAGAUGUGGAAACCUAUGAUAUGAACAAGAUGGAGAAGACACGCUUGUCUUUGGAUGGUUUGGAAUCUGAGAUACAGCGUCUAGAAGAUUCCAUAACUGCGACAUGUUCAUCUUUACUUAACUUGAUCAAUGAUGAGCUAUAUCCGCAGCUAGUUGCUUUAACUUCCGGGCUAACGCAUAUGUGGAAAACAAUGCUCAAGUGCCAUCAAGUCCAAAUUCAUAUAUCCCAGCAACUGAACCAUCUUCCAGACUACCCGAGUAUUGAUCUCAGUUCGGAAUAUAAACGCCAGGCGGUUAAUCAACUAGAGACCGAGGUUAAUUGCUGGUACAAUAGCUUUUGCAAGUUAGUAAAUUCUCAGCGAGAAUAUGUGAAAACACUCUGUACGUGGAUCCAACUUACUGAUCGCCUCUCUAAAGAAGACAGCCUUACGAGCAGCUUACCGGUUGCUGCUCGUAAGCUCUGCAAAGAAUGGCAGCUUGUGUUUGAAAAGCUCCCUGAUAAGGUAACUUCAGAGGCCAUUAAAAGCUUUCUGAUGGCAAUCAAAUCUAUUAUUAAUCAACAAGCUGAGGAAUACAACCUGCGGAGGAAAUGUAAUAAACUUGAGAAGAGACUGGAGAAAGAGUUAAUUUCACUGGCUGAGAUCGAAAGAAGGCUGGAGGGAAUUCCAGCAAUGGAAGAGGAGACAUCAAGCUCAACGAGUUUGGGAUCUAAGCAUCCGUUAUCAAUCAAACAAGCCAAGAUCGAAGCCUUGAGAAAACGAGUGGACAUUGAGAAUGCUAAAUACUUGAACUCGGUUGAGGUUAGUAAGAGAAUGACACUGGACAACCUCAAAUCAUGCCUUCCCAAUGUCUUUCAGGUGCUUGUUGCUCUCGCGAAUGUCUUUGCCAAUGGGUUUGAAUCCGUUAAUGGCCAAACCGCCACAGAUGUUUCCGACAUAUCCCAAGAUUCUGAUGAACCUCACGCCUAAGAAAAGGCCUCAUUCGUUUCUUGAGAUUUCAGGAGCUUUAGCUUCUUGAUGUUUAUUUCUUUCUUGGUGCAACAGUGAUGAGG